AUGGAGGGCGGCAGGUGUGCGCAGGUGAGCUCGGUUCCCGCUUCCCCGUCCUCCGGUCACCGGCACCGGGCGGCUCUGAUUCUGGCUCGCGGCGGCAGUAAAGGGAUCCCGCUAAAAAACAUCAAGAAUCUGGCCGGAGUUCCGCUCAUCGGAUGGGUCCUGAGAGCCGCGCUGGAUUCAGAUGUUGACAGUGUAUGGGUGUCCACAGAUCAUGAUGAAAUUGAGCGGGUCGCCAAGCUUUGGGGUGCUAAAGUUCACCGGCGCAGUCCUGAAGUUUCCAAAGACUCUUCCAGCUCUCUGGAGACCAUCCAGGAGUUCAUCCGACUGCGACCCGAGGUGGAUGUAAUCUGUCAUAUUCAGGCCACGUCUCCAUGUCUUCACCCUCAUCACAUCAAUGAAGCGCUGCAGAAAAUCACUCAUCAGGGCUUCAGCUAUGUGCUGUCAGUGGUGCGCAGACAUCAGUUCAGAUGGGAAGAGCUGCAAGAAAACUGUGUGUUUCAGCUGGGCAGGAUCGCCUACUAUGAAAUGCCUCCUGAGUUCAGUGUUGAUAUCGACGUGGACAUCGACUGGCCGGUGGCUGAGCAGAGAGUCCUCAGGUUUGGUUAUUUUGGCCGAGAGGAGAACGCUGCGGUCCGGCUGUUUCUGUGUAAAGUGUCCGGCUGUUUGACCAACGGUCAGAUCUACAUGUCUGUUUCGGGAGAAGAUCUGGUGACCAUCAAUGCUCGAGAUGUGGCAGGCAUUCAGAUGCUUCAGAAAGAAAAUAUCGAGGUGAUCCUCAUCUCCAGCGUGAACGAGCCUCUGUCCAGAGGAGUUUUAGAGAAGGUUUCUCAGAGAGCCGGCUGUGGCCUGAGCUUCACUGAGCAGAGGAACGCUCUGGAGAUGCAGAAGCUGAUGGACAAGAGGAAACUCCACUGGGACCAAGUGGCCUUCAUGGGCUCAGAGUCAGAAGAUGUGGAGAUCAUGUCUCAGGCCGGACUGAACGGCGUUCCGUCUGACGCCCCGGUGGCUGAACUCAUCGCCGCAAAAUAUACGUGUCAGAGAGCCGGUGGACACGGAGCCGUUCGAGAGUUUGCUGAAUACAUACUGAGCAUGAAGAGAAAGAGCUCACGAGAAGAAAACCACGAGCGCAUCGACAGGCACAACUUCUAG